AUGUACGAACCUCAUCGCCCAUUAGAACAACGUUCAAAGGGACAAGAGCGACAGAAGCAGAAGGGAAAAUGGUGGUCUCAUCCAAAUGAGCGGGAAGAACAGGAACGAAAGCAGGCACGGCAGCCGGUCGAACAUACAGAUGAUGUAUACGAUGUCAUCGACGAGGAGACGGAGCGUUCAAACACCGACUACCCAAAGGCCAAAGCUAAGCCAAAAAUGCCUGGCGCCGCCGCAGAGGAAAAGCCGAGUCGUCAUUGGCCAAGAAAAUCAGUCCCCAAUAUGAAAUCGACUGGAGAAUACUCUAAGCCAAGCACAGUGGAGGGUAAGGACAUGCGCGCGGAAGGCAAACAAUUCCUACGAAAGGUCAAGUCUGCUGUAAAUCUUUUCGGAGAAGAAACGGCUGCGAGCUCGGCUGAGACUGCCCCUGAAGUCCCUCGCAUUCCUACGUCAAGGCCUAAUAGUAUUCCAGAAGAGGAGAACUCGCUCCGACAACAUCCAACUAGAAAUGCAGCAGGAGAGAUCUCGCUCUGUGCGGCCCCUACAAGUUCAACCGCUGCAAGGGAUAUCGCUCUGUUGGCUUCCAAGGCGAAGAAAUCGUCACAUGUCAGUCGGAUGAGAGAAAAAUAG